AACGCAUCGUGAGGCUGGCCGGGCAGGUCAGGUAAGUUUCACCGCGGCGGGGAGGUGCGAGCACUUUGCUUUUCCGGUUCCUGACUGCGCUUUAACCACUGUUCGUAGCAAUGCCUGACCUGUAAUCGCUGUGAAAGUGUGAGAAAACAAAGGCAGGAGGCUGUUGCCUGUGUCACAGACCAGCGCCGACACCAGUGAGAAGAAAGUCAAAGCUGCAAUGUCUUCAGGAGUCUCCAGAUUUGACCGGGUGAGGGAGAUGCCACUCUAUGACCAGGUCCCAGCGGAUUCCCUGUAUGGGGACCUUGCGUUACCUCCAUCUCCACCACUCCUGCAUGGGACAGUGCCAUCUGUCAGCUUAGACUCCCUGCCCCCUCCCCCUCUACCUGAACAGCCACCUGUUGGACCUGAAGCUUUCUAUCCCCCCAGCAAUGACGACCCAAUGGAUGAAGACCGUGACGCUAUGGACAUUAAGCCAGUUCGCCGCUUCAUCCCUGACUCUGUCAAGAAUUUUUUCCGUGGCAACAGCAGUAACCGUGGUAGCAAGGGUGGGUCUGGCCCUGAUUCCCCUGUUCCUUCAUCCAAAAAGAGUGCUAAGUGCCACACCACAGGAGGAGUCCCCUGCUCACCGCCUCACUCUGCCCCUCCAUCUCCCUCCCUUCCAGGCUCCUAUCGAGACCGCUAUGGUGGCUCUGGAGCCAGCUACACCUCUCAAAAGGAGCGAGAUGGACUGUUGCUCGGUGCCGAAGCAUUUGACUCUGCAUCUGCAGUCCCCACCAAUGUUUCAGUUCAGACAUACCAGGAGCGCGUGGAAGAAUAUCAUGCGCGCUACGCCUACAUGAAGUCAUGGGCUGGCUUGUUAAGGAUCCUGGGCGGUGUGCAGCUGCUGCUUGGAGCUGCAGUGUUUGCCUGUGUCUGCGCUUACGUUCAUAAGGACAACGAGUGGUUCAAUAUGUAUGGAUACUCUGGGCCGCAGCUGUAUGGAGGGCUUGGUGGAGGCGCUGCGGCAUAUGGGUCUGGGGGGUUUUCCUACACAGGACCUAAGACGCCUUUUGUUCUGGUUGUGGCUGGCCUUGCAUGGAUAGUGACAGUUAUUCUGGUUGUUCUUGGGAUGACCCUAUACUACAGAGCCAUCCUUCUAGACUCCUCAUGGUGGCCUCUAACAGAGUGUUCCAUAAAUCUGGUGCUGGGUGUGCUCUAUUUAGCUGCAGGGGUGGUGUAUGUGAAGGACACCACUCGAGGGGGACUGUGCUACUCGCCAGUCUUCAAUAAUGGAGUGAACGGUGCAUUCUGUCGCACCGAGUCCGGCCAGACAGCAGCCAUUGUCUUCCUCUUCAUCAACAUGGUGCUCUACUUUAUUAGUGCAGCGGUUUGUGUGAAGCUGUGGAGGCAUGAAGCAGCCAGGAUGAGGAAAGAGGGGCUGGCGCAGGAGAUGAGAACCAUUGACUCAUCUGUCCCACUCUCUAUACUUGGUCCAUCCUCUAGGGUGUCGGCGCAGACCCCUCUCCCCACAAUCCAGCCAGACAUCAUGGAUGCUCCCAACCACUUAAAAGCUGCUCCUCUCAUGGCACCAGAGCCAGAGAUCCUCCGGGGUCAUAUACCAGCCGGACACAUCCCCAAACCUGUUGUUAUAGCCGACUACGUGGCGAAGUAUCCCAGCAUUUACACAGAUGAGGAGAGGGACCAGUACAAGGCUGUGUUCAAUGACCAGUAUGCUGAGUACAAAGAACUACAUGCUGAGGUCCAGGCCAUGGCCAAGAAGUUCGAAGAGAUGGAUGAAAUGAUGGCGAACCUUCCAUCCCGGCCCUCCAGCCAAAUGGAGAAGGAGCGGAUAAAUGGUAUUUUAAUGGAAUAUCAGAGGAAGAAAGCUGACCCAACGUAUUUGGAAAAAAGAGAGAGGUGUGAGUACCUAAAGAACAAGCUUUCUCACAUCAAACAGAAGAUCCAAGAGUACAACAAGUCCAUGGGUUACAGCGAUGCCAACUAAGCCAUUAACACACCUCAGGUUCAGGUGUGCUCUGCUGCAACACAACAGUAAAAAAGAAGUUUGUCCCUUCCAAGUGAAACUCCCCAUUACUGCUGAACCAUAACUCCUGACAAUAGAGGUGACAUUAUCACAUUGAAAUGGGUGGAAAACACUGCAGUCACUAAGUCAUGAUGAAUGGAAGCCUCACUGCCACCAGUAGAAACAUCAUCUGGGAUGUGUCCUCCUUAAAGGGGGAAUAGUAAAAGUCACAGAAAAGGUAAACUUCAACAGAGUGCUGGUAAAUGAACAUGCACACAGCACUCCCUGAUAGGUGUAAAGGAAUAUAUUGGAGAUUCUGCUGUUUUAGAGACUAUAAGAUGGCAAUGUUUCAUAUUUAGCUUAGCAUAGCAGCAACAACAACAACUUCAAAAGGAAACUGGUAGACAAGCAAAGAGAGAUAAAUUUCAUGUUGUAUGUUGCUAUGGAAACAUUAAUCCAGUUACUUUUAUUCAUGGGAAAGAAAUUACAGAUAGUUGACUGCUUUCCUCUGACUGGACACUCUUGUGUCUUAUGUAUAGUUUGGUUUGGUGUCAUACGCUAUGAGCUACUAUUUUAUGCAAAUGGGCCUUUUGUAGAUGUGUGCAUUUGCCUUGGUUUACAAUUAAACAUGAAACCUGUGUUCUGAAUGUAAUUUUUUUUUUACCUGUAAUGUAAAUUCUGCUUUGUGAUUUGUACAACUUUGCCAUAGUAAAUGUGUGUUUAAAAUUGGCUGGCAUGGUGGUGCAGUGGUUGGCACGGUCAGCCCACACAUUAGGAAAACAGAUUCUUCACAAGAGAUUUUUAGGUGGUUGAAGUUAAAGCAAGAUGGGGAGGUGGGGAAAGUGUCACAGGACUCUGAAGUUUCCCAGCAGAAUGAUCACCCUGCCUGCCUUCUUCCCAUAGCACUUAAAAUGUUCUUAGAGAAAAUGUGAUUAAUCAGACUUCCUUCUUCAUGGUCUGGUUCUGAUGCUUGUGGUUGUUGUUUAUGAUUUUGGCUUGAAUAGGCUGAAUAUAGAAACUCUGACCUGUCUCUAAAAGAAGACAACAAGCUGUCUUCUUUUACCUUUCUUUUGUAACCAGCAUUAAAGUUUUUUGUUUCUA